GUACUGAAAAUUUUCACAACACUUGUUUAUAGUUUUAAAAGCAGACACAUGUUAUAAAAAACCUUCUUCAAAUUUUAGGGGGAAAUAUGUUUCAAAACAUAAGUUUUACGUUUUUGUGCGCCUUGGCGUUUAUUUCGUGGUCGUUGUUAUGCUAUUUACACGCCAUCGAGGAGCUGCCAACUAAAUCAGAUUACAUCGUGGAACUGUAUACAGAGCGUCCAACCCUCACAGAUGUGCCAAAUUAUUGUCCUAGCCAACCGGAAGAAAAUAACAUUAUAGAUCGUUUAUUUGAUAUGCUCAAAACCUAUGGACUUGUCCUUAUUACCACUGUGGCGCUCUCCAAACUGUUGCAAUGGUUGGAGUUGCAGGCAAAAACUUGUAUGCAAAUGGAUGAAGAAAUACUUGCACUUCCAUUUAUCGCAAACGUGCCGAUCGACCCCAUCGAACCCAUCGAAGAGAACAAAGUGGAGACAGUCGAGAGAGUGGAAACAGUGAACACCUUGGAGGUAGCCGAUGCCAUGGAAAUCGUGGAGAGCGUGGACACAGUGGAGACCUUGGAGACCGAGGAGCCCGUGGAGCCCGUGAUGGCGUUGAAGAGCGUGGAGACAGUGGAGACCGUGCUGGCAUUGGGGGCCGUGGAGACAGUGGAGUCCGUGGAGAAAGUAAAGGACAUGGAGACCAUGGAGAAAUCUAAGAUAGUGGGGAAUGUAAAGAAUAUAUUCGAGCCAGAAACUUCGCCUAAAAUUCUAAAGGAAAAUAUCGAGCUGAGAGAGCAGUUGAAUGAUUUGCAGGCGCGUUGUCGUGAGCUGCUUCAGGAACUGCGCGCUGUCAACAGCAACAGCAUAAGUAGUUGCCAUGAGCUACGCCGCAAUCCAUCCAACAGCAGUUUCAGCGGCUCCGACACGGGUAGUUUUCAUAAUACGGACGAUUCUUCGGGCAUCGUAAUGUGGAAGCAGCCCGCCACCAUGAAAUCUAGUGGACUUUCCGUGGUGCAGUGUCGCGAUUCUUCGUCUUCAGCGUCGCAGAAUGUGUAUGUGACCCACAGCCACUAUCACAUUAAUUUUAAUGGACCGGUGCACCUGACAAAGCAAAAUAUAAAUAUUGCCGUUUCAAGCCGCCCAAUGAAAUUACGCAGACGAAGUGAAUUUUUGCAAGUGUGGGGCACAUUCAUUAAAGCUCCGAAUGAGCGGCCCAUGUUAACGGGUAUAAGCAACAUCUUGAUGUGAAAGGCGCACAAAUCUGUAUAUAUGUAUAUAUAUAUAUAUUUAAUACAUUCAUUUGAUUUCAAAAAACUGUUAUUUUUGGUAGAUUUCUUAGUAUAAAAAUUGCUAACACACUGAAA